CCAGGCUCCCCCCAGCGCCGGGAUCCGUUCCCCCCGCCCCUGUUCCCAGCAUCCGGGCCGCGCCGCGCCGCGCAGGCUCAGCCCCGGUUCUGCGCCUCGCUCCGGGCUCCGGGCGCCGAGAAGCGGCUUCAGCACCAGGGACAGAGCCCGCCGGGCCCGCGCCACGCCAUGGCCAGCGAGGCCCAUGACCUGCAGGAGCUGCGGCGAAGCGCCUCGCUGGCCACCAAGGUCUUUGUGCAGCGGGACUACAGCGACGGGACCCUCUGCCAAUUCCAGACCAAGUUCCCCCUGGAGCUGGACAGCCGGCUCGAGCGGCAGCUCUUUGAGGAGACGGUGAAGACCCUCAAUGGCUUCUACGCCGAGGCCGAGAAGAUCGGGGGCAGCUCCUACCUGGAGGGGUGCCUGGCCUGUGCCACGGCCUACUUCAUCUUCCUCUGCAUGGAGACCCACUACGAGAAGGUGCUGAAGAAGAUCGCCAAGUACAUCCAGGAGCAGAACGAGCAGGUCUACGCGCCACGGGGCCUGCUGCUCACCGACCCCGUGGAGCGGGGCAUGCGGGUCAUCGAGAUCUCCAUCUACGAGGACAGAUGCAGCAGCCGCAGCACCAGCAGCAGCAGCAGCGGGGGCGGGGGGGGGCGGUGACUGGCAGCGAGCCCCUGCGGGGACCUGCACUGCCGGGACCAAGGCCUCGCCGAGCUGGGCCGGCUGCGGUACCAGAGCACCCGGUUCUGAGCAGGGCGGGGCGGGCGGCCGCUGGGGGGACCCCCGCGGAGACCUGCUGCCGGAGCGGGGCGAGGGCGCCUCGGGCGAGCCCCCUGGGGCCCCUCGGCCGCCGGCCCAACCCAGAGCCAAUGGCCCUGUGCCAGGACUUGCCCCCGCCCAUGCCCUGGGCAGUGCCGCCUGGGGCCUCACCCUCCCAUAAAGCCAGGAGCUGAGGGAGCUGCAGAGGGGCAGCGGGGUGAGCGUGAUCGGGGGUCUCCAGCUCGCGCGGAGCAGCCUCCCGCCGGCCACUGCUCCUACUGCCGUGAGCGUAGCCCCGCCACGUGGCACAUGCACGGCCCUGCUGUGGCUGGCAAAGCCCUAGGCACCAGCUUCCUCUCCAGGUUGGGCCCUGUAUCGCCCUGACCCACCAGCGAGCCUGGUUCCCUGGCCAUGUCCUUCCCCUGUCCCCGCGAUCCCCUCCCAGCUCGCAACUCCCACGCCCCAUGCCCAGCUGUUCGGGCCAGAGACCGGGCUUGGUGGGGACCAUCCGCCAUGGCUGGGUCACCGUCACCCUCCCCUGCGUGAAUGAGCCCAUGUGGGACACUGGUGGACAUGCGGGGGAGAGGGAAGGGCUGGGGGGUGAUGGCACAUCCCAAGGGGUCACCAACUCUCGCCAAACUCCUCCUCAGCCGAAGGGAUUGAAGCCCGUGAGCCCGGGGGUGUGGCCAGCCCCACGCCUGCUGCAGCCCCUAUGUCCCAGCCCCACCUCUCUGCCUGCUCCCCUCUGCAGGAGGGGUGUUUGCACCCUGGGAGUUGCCUGGCCCAGCUCUGUCCUGCCUGCCCCCCAUGUCCCUUCCCUGUGCAUCUCCUGCAUGAGCCUGUCGCUUCUCCGCGGCAUGAACCACCCCAGCCCAGGGCUCGUGUGGAGUGCAUGGCCCCAGCACUGGGGCCGUGUCCUGGGGGCUUUGUGCCCCCAUCAAAGGUCAAAGUGUUGACCUUACCGACGGGGGAGGAGUGACCCAUCAGCCCCAUCGGGGCGUCCCCCAAGGCAGCUUUCCUGGAAGGUGCCCCCCGCGUCCUGGGCCGUCCGAGCUAGGUGCAUACCCAGUGGCCUGCAGGGGGUGAGCUGAACUAGGCUAGUAGCCAGCCCGCCUCACCGGGCCAGCUCUGGUGGGGGCAGGGAGGGGGCUACAGAGGAGAGGCCCGGCCCUAUGGGGCAGGGGCAGGGGCGCUGCAGGGAAUGGGGCCACGGGUGAGAGGUGAGGUUCCCUGGCCGGGAUGUUACCAGAGGCCAAAGUGAAGGGCCCAUGGAUCUGGCGAUACGAGUCUGCCCUACACAGCAGGGGGCGCUGCAGGGCCUGGGGCAGACAGGGGCUGGGGCUGGGGCCCAGGGCAGGUCUGAGCAGAUGUCGCUCUCAGAGGGCUCUGGGAGAGCAGGCUGGGGGCACAGAGCACCGGGAACGGCCCCUGCCCCCCAUGGACACACAAUAAAGGGGGCAGGGGCCGUGUCGAGGGGGCAUGGGAAGCUGGCAGCUGGGGGCCCUGCUGGCUGGGACUGGGGGUGGCAGCCGGCCGGGUCUGGACCGACACCACAAUCGCAGGGCUGGGGAGCCCGCCUCUCCUGGCCUGGCACCCUGGGGGCAAAGCUGGGGGUGCCAUGUGGCUGGCACAUGGGCUGGCCCAGAGCAGGUUACAGGGAAACCAGCCCCCUCCCCUGGCUGACGUAACCCUCCCUGCCUGGGGCCCCGCUCCAUCCUGUUCCUCCCUAGAGCUAGCUCUCCUGGCUGUGGGGCCUGGCCCCACCUGGUGUAAAAGGCAGCACUGCAGCUGGCAGUCUGUGCAGGGCGCUGUACAGCCCCUCCGCUACUGGAUCCAGUGGCCUGCACCCCCAGCACACACUGCGCCACCUGGGGAGGGGGUGCUCAGGAACACAAAUCCAGCAGGCGGUGACAGAAGAGACAGGGGGCGUGGGGAAGGGGGGGCA